CACAAAGUCAUACUUCAGGAGGGGCAGGAAACGAGAAGAAAGUUUGACCACUCGGAGUGGAAAUUUAAACAGAUGCAAGAGAUUACAAUGACAUUAUCAGAUCUAAAAAUCAGCCUUAUCAGCCAAAAAUGUCACUGAAACAAGCAGUGAAAAGCCUCUUACAAAAAUACAAUUCAGAAGUCGCCAAAGUUUCCUUAAAUAAAAGUGGUUUAAAGGUGUCGCCAAGCGUAAAUUCUAAAUCAGUCUAAAGCACUGUUGGUGCAGAGGGAUAUUGUACCAGUAGAUAUGCAACAGUGUAAAGGUUUUUAAAGUCAGGUUUCAUCAACGUCAAUCACCUAAUCUUCAAAAAGACCACACAUCCCACAACAAACCCGGCUGUAAGCUGCAGGAAAACAUGAGUAUAGCUGCGUGACAUCUGCACGAUUUUAUAAACCGUAUCCUGCGCAAACAGCCAGACGCUUCACAUGCAACUAACAAACCCGGAUAACUGAAUGUGUUCAGAAACAAAAUAGUCUGCUUCGAGAAUCAGGUACGAAGUUUAUUUCUUGCGUUUCCUUGAAGGCGUGAAAAUUAUUUCAGACUGUAAUCUGUCGAUGUGCCAGGAACAGUUAUUUUACAAGCCGCUUUCUGAAUGUUCAGCAUAGGGGUAAGAAAUCUACCAGUGAUAUCAGGUGGAAAAUAUACAAACACCAUUUAGUGUUGUAGAUACAAGGAACUGCAGAUGCCAGUUUACAAAAGAAAACAGAGUCUGAAGAAGGGUUUCAAACGUCACCCAUCCUUCUUCUCCGGGGAUGCUGCAUGACCCGCUGAGUUACUCCAGAACUUUGCGUCUACCUUUGGUAUAAACCAGUAUCUGCAGUCCCUUCCUACAAACAAACUGCUGGAGUAACUCAGCGGGCAGGAACCAUCUCUGGAGGACGUGGACAGGGGACAUUACAGAUCGGGACCUUUCUUCAGACUAGGUGUUGUAUCUGGCUCCUGAUACUUGGUUCCAUAGAUCGUUCGCUGUUUCAAGCCAAUAGUCAAAUACAUUGUAUUUAAGUGUAAACCCACAAUGUUAUUUUCUUAAACAAGAAAGCAAACGCACUGCCAGCAUUUAUUUCAAGACGGCUUACAUACAAAUACAGGGAUGUAAUGCUGAGGCUCUAUAAGGCGCUGGUCAGGCUGCAUUUGGAAUAUUGUGAGCAAAUUUGGGCACCAUAUAGCUCUGGAGAGGGUCCAGAGGUUUCCAAGAAUGAUACCAGGAAUGAGUAGGUUAACAUAUGAUGAGCAUUUGACGACACUAGGCCUGUAUUCGCCGGAGUUUAAAAGAAUGAGGGGGGACCUCAUUGAAAUGUACAGAAUAGUGAAAGGCUUGGCUAGAGUGGAUGUGGAUUGAAGGAGCAGCACCUCAUAUUUUGUUUUGGCAAAUUACAAGUCAGUCUUUGAAUAAUGAUUGUUCUAAUUUUAAGUAACCCUUGCAUUCCCUCCGAAGGGCCUGUUUCUGCACUGUAUCACCAAAUUAAAAAAAACUUGCCUGCCUUUGCCCCAUUACCAUCUCUUCUCCAGCUUUCCCUCCCAACCCCUCCACUACAGUCAAUCUGAAGAAGAGCCACAACCUGAAAUGUCAGCUAUCUGUGUCGUCCAGAGAUGCUGCCUGACCCGCUGAGUUACUCCAGCAUAUUUGUUUUAGAAACAUAAAAACAUAGAAAAUAGAUGCAGGAGUAGGCCAUUCGGCCCUUCGAGCCUGUACCGCCAUUCAAUAUGAUCAUGGCUGAUCAUCCAACUCAGUAUCCUGUACCUGCCUUCUCUCCAUACCCCCUGAUCCCUUUAGCCACAAGGGCCACAUCUAACUCCCUCUUAAAUAUAGCCAAUGAAUUAGCCUCAACUACCUUCUGCUGGAGAGAAUUCCACAGAUUUACCACUCUCUGUGUGAAAAUCGUUUUCCUCAUCUCGGUCCUAACAGAUUUCCCCUUUAUCCUUAAACUGUGACCCCUUGUUCUGGACUUCCCCAACAUCGGGAACAAUCUUCCUGCAUCUAGCCUGUCCAAACCCUUAAGAAUUUUCUACGUUUCUAUAAGAUCCCCCCUCAAUCUUCUAAAUUCUAGCGAGUACAAACCGAGUCUAUCCAGUCUAUCUUCAUAUGAAAGUCCUGACAUCCCAGGAAUCAGUCUGGUGAACCUUUUCUGUACUCCCUCUAUGGCAAGAAUGUCUUUCCUCAGAUUAGGAGACCAAAACUGUACGCAAUACUCCAGGUGUGGUCUCACCAAGACCUUGUACAACUGCAGUAGAACCUCCCUGCUCCUAUACUCAAAUCCUUUUGCUAUGAAUGCUAACAUACCAUUUGCCUUCUUCACUGCCUGCUGCACCUGCAUGCCUACUUUUAAUGACUGGUAUACCAUGACACCCAGGUCUCGUUGCAUCUCCCCCUUUCCUAAUCGGCCACCAUUCAGAUAAUAAUCUACUUUCCUGUUUUUGCCACCAAAGUGGAUAACCUCACAUUUAUCCACAUUAUACUGCAUCUGCCAUGCAUUUGCCCACUCACCCAGCCUAUCCAAGUCACCUUGAAGCUUCCUAGCAUCAUGCUCACAGCUAACACUGCCCACCAGCUUCGUGUCAUCCGCAAACUUGGAGAUGUUGCAUUCAAUUUUGUUUUGGUAAACCUGCACUGCGGUUCCUCACGUCUCCAUUUCCAAAAACUCUGAUUCGCCAUGAAGGUGACGAGCAGAAUGGAUGGCAUGGAUGUGAUGGGCAGAAGGGCCAAUUCCAGUAUCUUAAAUUAUCUUUAAGAAUCACUUUCUCCAUGAUCAUUAAACCAUUAAACAAACAAAACCAUUUUGCCUCACAUUAAUAUUUUUUCGGCUUUCACGCAUUUGCAACCACAAAACAACUAUCUGAAGCCUGAUCUAUGCUACAGUCUCAAAAGAGCUGUGACCUCAAAAUGUAUUUUUAUUUUGCUGACUUCCUUUAAAAGGGCUCUCUGAGUAAUGUUGGUUUGGGCAAGAAAAAUAAAAAAACAUCCAGAUAAAGUGCUGAUGCGGUGCACACUCCCUAUCUCAGGAGACAAGAUCUGUGAUCCAUAUACACAGGGAUAGCUUACGGCAGGAACUCUGACUUGGAGCACCAAAGACUUGGCUUGUACAGAAGAUUUUCUUGUUAACAAGAAGUCGAGGAUGACUUAACAUUGCCCUUCUAUUCAAACAUCAGAAAGGCCAUUGCUGCAGCUCAUGUUUCUGGUAAACUGAAAUGAGACAAAUGAUUAUGAAGGGCGUGAGUAAUGGGGGAAGUUCCAUGUGUUUAUUGCAACUGGAAAUGCACGGUGUGGUUUGCCUACUAAAAUUUGAUCGAUGACAGGAUAGUGUUUAAAUGUUAAAAGAUCGUUGAUACCACUGCAUGAUAUUGUAGGUAAUCUAGAUUUUGACCAGAUAUCUGGGGCAGCACUGUGGCUCAGCUGCCUAACAGCACCAGAGACCUGGGCUCAAUCUUGACCUUGGGUGCUGUCUGUGUGUGAAACAUAGAAAAUAGGUGCAGGACUAGGCCCUUCAGCCAUUCAAGCCAGCGCCGCCAUUCAAUAUGAUCAUGGCUGAUCAUCCAAAAUCAGUAUCCCGUUCCUGCUUUAUCCCCAUAUCCCUUGAUUCCUAGCCCUAAGAGCUAUAUCUAUCUCUUGAAAAACAUCCGGUGAAUUAGCCUCCAAUGCCUUCUGGCAGAGAAUUCCACAAAUUGACAACUCUCUGGGUGAAAACGUUUUUCCUCAUCUGAGUCCUAAAUGGCCUACCCCUUAUUCUUAAACUGUGACCCCUUGUUCUGGACUUCCUCCAACAUCUGGAACAUUUUUCCUGCAUCUAGCCUGUCCAAACCCUUAAGAAUUUGAUAUGGUUCUAUAAAAUCCCCUCCCAUCCUUCAAAAUUCCAGUAAAUACAAGCCCAGUCAACCCAUUCUUUCAUCAUAUGUCAGUCCCGCCAUCCCGGGAAUUGACCUGGUGAACCUAUACUGCACUCCCUCAAUAGCAAUAAUGUCCUUCCUCAAAUUAGGAGACCAAAAUUGCACACAAUACUCCAGGUGUGGUCUCACCAGGGCCCUGUACAACUGCCUCCUUACUCCUAUACUCAAAUCCCUAUACAGGGAGUUUGCACGUUCUCCCUAUGACCUCGUAGGUUUCCUCCUGAUGCUCCAGUUUCCUCCAACAUUCCAAAGAUGUGUGGGUUUGUUGGCUGAUUGGCCUCUGUAAAUUGCCCCUAGUCUGUAGGGAUGAGAAAAAGGUAUAACAUAGAACUAGAAUGAGCGGAAGAUUGAUGGGCGGCAUGGACUUGGUGUGCCGAAGGGCUUGUUUCCAUGCUAAAGCUUUCAAUCAAUCAAUCAAUCUACAAGCUGCUUCUAUUUAGUGUAAAUACAUAUUAAACAAAGUAAUGACUUUGCUUUUUUAUUUUAAAAAGCUUUUGCAAAGCUUUUCACUGUACAUCAGUAAACAUGACAAUAAAAAACCUAACCCUAUAACUGUUACUGUACCCCAUUAGAACCAAAAGCAGCAAUUCCACGCCAGUGAGAAUUUAUCUGACCCAGACAUUAGCUGGUGACAACAUGAACUCAUUUUGUCAAUUUAAACCAUGAACCAGUACCUUCCCCCUAAAUAUUUAUUUGCAAUUGUCAACAUUUAUUGCUCAAGAUUCAUUCUCACCUUUGACGAUAGAAACCUCAUUAGGUAUCUCAGGUAAACAGACAUAAUCCAGAUACCUAUAUAACUGAUGUCUUUCAUUUGACUUAAGAAAUCUGGAAGUCUGAAGAAGGGUCCCUAUACUUGUUCUCCAGAGAUGCCGCCUGACCCCCUGAGUUACUCUAACAACGUGUGUCUUUUUUUUCCUCAAAGUAAUUUUCAGGUUUUCCUUUCUUCUUGUUUCAGAACCUCAAGGCGGGCUGGACAUUUGUGUUUUAAAGGACAUACGAUGAAUACCAUAUCGUCAAAUGUCUCUUCGACUCGAUGCUUGAUGAACAAUAGUAUGGAAUCUUUCACUUAUUUCUAUUAUUUAAUCUUCUUGAUUGGCAUCAUUGGGAGUUGUGUCGCACUGUGGGCUUUCAGUAAACAGAGGAAAGCAAAAAAAUGCCUCAAUAUCUACCUGAUCAACCUUCUGACUGCCGAUUUUCUGUUGACUUUGGCCCUCCCUUUCAAGAUAGUUGUUAGCUUGGGCAUUGCUCCCUGGAGCGUGAAGAUCUUCCAUUGCCAAGUCACAGCAUGUCUCAUGUACAUUAAUAUGUAUGCGUCCAUUAUAUUUCUGGGAUUCGUGAGCAUAGAUCGGUAUGUUCAGCUCUCUGGGAGCUCAAGGUUCCAGAGGAUACAGGAACCAGGGUUUGCAAAGAUGAUGUCUGCCAUCGUAUGGGUCAUGGUGCUGUCCCUUAUGAUACCAAACAUGGCAAUCCCAAUCAAAACCAUCGCCCCCAAGCCUCUAUUGAAAUGCGCGGAGAUCAAGGGGCCGUUGGGACUUCGCUGGCAUGUCUUCAGCAAUUUUAUCUCCAUCGCCAUAUUUAUGAACGUUUCAGCUGUCCUCCUGACAUCCAACUUUCUUUUGGUGAAAAAGCUCCACAGAAACAAGGACCGAGAGACGCGCAAUGACGUGAGGAGGGCUCUGAGGCACAUUCUGAUACUGACUGGCAUCUACAUCGUUUGCUUUGUGCCCUACCACAUCAUUCGGAUUCCGUACACUCUCAGUCAAUACAAGCCAAAGGCAGACUGCAGUGUGCAGCAAGCCCUAUAUCUGGCCAAGGAGUCCACCUUUCUUCUGGCCGUUCUCAACCUUUGCUUUGAUCCCAUCCUGUACUUUUAUCUCUGCCAAUCUUUCCGAUCAAAAAUCACAGAAACCUUUUUAUCAACUAACGAGGCCAGGGGAAAGAAAGACACCGAGGCUGAAAAGGAGGACGCAGAGACUAACUUAACUCCAUGCAGCUGAAAUAAAUGUGCCCGACUGUAUAUCCCUUCAUUUUGUUUUGAAGGUUGCAAAAUCUAGAAUCCUUAAAUUAUAAAUAUACUCCAGACAUUGAUUCCAUAUUUCAUUGUAAUUCAUGUUCAUAAGUUAUAGGAGCAGAAUUAGGCCACUCAGCCCAUCAGGUCUACUCCACCAUUCAAUCAUGGCUGAUCUAUCUUUCCCUCUCAACCCCAUUCCCCUGCCUUCUCCCCAUAGCCCCUGACACCCGCACAAAUCUGUCAAUCUCCACCUUAAAAAAUAUCCACCAACGGCCUCCACAGCCAUCUGUGGCAAUUAAUUCCACAGAUUCACCACCCUUCGACUAAAGAAAUUCCUCCUCAUCUCCUUUCUGAAGGUACGUCCUUUUAUUCUGAGUCUAUGGCCUCUGGUCCUAGAAUUUCCAACUAGGGGAAACAUCUUCUUUCCAAUUCACUCUAUCCAGGCCUUUCAUUCAUGCAAAUACAAAGUCAACUGGGUUUCCAUUUCUCUGCAUUCAAUGUUGAUUGGAAUUAUUUUAUAUAUUUUAUAUUAUUUAAUUAAACAAGUUAUUAAUCUUGGUUAGACAAAUGAUUGUAAACAAUGCCAAGUGUCAUUAUGUACAACAAAUCCUUUACUCUCAUUGACAUUUUAAAGAGCAUCAGAUACCGCUGUGGUAUCUCACGUCUCUAUGUCCUAGGCGAUGGACAUUCAGCCCAUUUGGUUCAUGCCGGCUCAAAGCAGAGAGAUUCCAUCAGUCCAAUUCUCCCUUGUUACAUUCCCAUCAUCCUGCAACAUAUUCUCCCUCUUACACCCAUCAACCUGCACACCUUUGGCACAUGGGCCAAUUUUUUCCAAAUUGGCCCACCACCUCAUCUUGAGACGAGCAAGGAAACUGGAGCAAUCUGAGGAAACCCACAUCACUCAAUGGUUCAAUUCAAUAGUUCAAUGGUGCUUUAUUGUCAUGUGUGAACUGCACAGUGAAAUUAUUUUUUCCCUAAAUCACACACACGAGUCGCCAUUUAUUAAAAAUCCAAAGUCUGGUCCAUGCACUCGAUGUACUGAAGCGGCUCCCGAUUCAGCUAAGCCCCAGGCUGCUGCAGGGCCUCCUCCGUCACCCUCAACCAGCUUGACCCGCGAACCGACGUCCCUCUACUUGCCUGACUGCCUGUGUCCCGGUGGGGGGUGCCUCCAUCAGGCGACCUUGAAGAGGCUGGAGGCAAUAUCCCUGUCCCUCUCCUACCGGUCCACUCCCCGCGCCCGUCAUCACCAGCGACUCCUUCCACCUCGACUCUUCACUCUUCAGGUCCGAGUUUAGAAGCUUCCGAGUGUCCCCCCUACAGGCCAUGGCCCACCUGGUCUUCCUUCGGCCAGGUCCAUGUGUGUAACCUUCACACAGAGGGUAUCCAAGGCACUACUCGAUUUGUAAAUCAGCAGCAAAUUCAGGAUCAAACCUAGUAGGAGGCAGCAGCUCGACUCACUGCCUCUUUAAUCGUGUCUGAUAAUCAGAAUUGCAAAAGUGUGUGAAAUAAUUAUAUUUUAAUUAAAUAAUUCAUUUAAAAAUAUUAAAUUAGUGUCAAAAUGCUUUGAUAAAUGUAUUAGAUUAAUGAAGGUCAGUGACACAAGGGGAUUACGUUAGUUCAGUUUAGAGAUACAGUUUUGUUUAGAGAUUAUUUAUUGCCCACCAAGUCUGCGCGGACCAACGAUCACCCGUACACUAGUUCUAUCCAACAUACUAGGGGCACUUCACAGAAGCCAGUUAACAUACAAACCUGCAUGUCUUUGAAUGUGGGAUUAAACCGGUGCACCCAGAGAAAACCCACAGGGAGAAAGAACAAACUCUGCACAGACAGCACAUAUAGUCAGAAUCGAACCCAGGUCUCUGACGCUGUACGGCAACAGCUCUACCGCUGCGCUACAAUGCCGCCCCAAAUAAAAUAACAAUUUUCUCAACAAUGGACUUUGGUGCUGCACAAGGGUCCACUUUUCAACUGGACUAUAAUCCAAAAGCCUAGACUAAUGAUCUAAUAAAUUCUAUAGAGACAGCACCCGCAGUCAGGAUCUAAACCAAGUCUUAGGCGCUGUGAGACAGCAACUCUACCGCUGUGCCACUAUGCCGCCCACAUCCCAAAGGCGUGCAGUUUGUAGGUUAGAAAAUAUCUAAAUGCAAAUAUAGAAAAACUGAUUUGGUUUUAGUGAUGCUAGCAGCCUGUGGCUUGUCUGGAUCAGUCACCGCUCAAAAAAACCUGGCGUCUCUUGCAUGCAGGCUCACUAGACUAUUUUUGUACACUUUGCUAAUUGAGGAUGUGCUUGGGUAUGGGAAUACUGUACUGGACUGUAUGUAAGGAAAGAAUUUCACUGUGCAUUGGCACAUGUGACAAUAAAAACACAAGUGAAUCGCGUCCACACCAACCCUCGAU